AUGGUCACUAAAAGAAGCAACCGAACUCUACAACUGAAGUAUGCAUUCCACAAGCAUCCUGCAAUAGGUCUAGGCUUUAAGUUAACAAUGCAACAAAUGACAGAUCUAAGGUACUUGCUACCUCCUACUACUACUACUCCUACUCCUACUCCUACUCGUAAGUCUACCCCUGCUCCUACUCUACUCAUAAGCAUACCCCUGCAAGCUCCUGCUAUUGCUAAUGUUAUUGUCCCCUACUACUGCUACCUGCUACCUCCUACAGCUCCAGCUACUGCUACCUCCUACAACUCCUACUACUGCUACUACUACUAUUAUUGCUACUGUCCCUUGCUACCUCCUACAACUCAUGCUACUGCUACUGUCCCCUACUAUUGCUACCUCCUACAGCUCCUGCUACUGCUACUAGCUCCUGCUACUGCUACUGCCCCUUACUACCUCCUACAACACCUGCUAAUGCUACGGCUACUGCCUCCUACAACUCCUUCUACUGCUGCUACCACUGUUUGCCUUCUUCUAUUCCCGACAUCAAGCCUGAUUAGCUCGAGUAAAGUGAAUUCCUUCAACUUCUCAAUACCCCUUCCAGAUGAAACUCCUUCGACUCCAGUUUGUAGAGUUGAUGAAACAGGUGAAUCCACCACUCCCUUUACUGAAGCCGUGACAUCUCCUGCGGUCCCUUCUGAGGAGAUUCUGCCCUGUUCCCCCACUUUAAUUUUGUCCGAUAAAAAAUCCCAAAACUCAGAGGCACAAUCUGUUGCGAAAGUUGUUGAGGGACCUAGUACUGAAGAGGUAGAUGUGGCUUCUAGGGGUGUAUCCUCCGCAAUGUCUGAAAGAUUUUUUUAG